AUGGAUACCCCGGAUGAUAAUAGAGAUUUCAUCCAUUCAAGACCAUAUAAUACUUCAGUGCUAUGGUCGCAGCAGUCUCAUAGGUGUGAAGUUGUAUGGAAUGAACUACAAGAUGUUAGUGUAAUCACAUGUCGACGAUCUGUUGGAGUAUUGCAUAGUCACAUUAUUGAUGACAGACUCAUCCCAUAUUUUCGUGCUAGUGGAUUCUAUGGAGCAAUUCAGCUAGGCUUCUUCCAGUUAGAUUACCACCUUAUUAUAGCUUUGGUGAGAUGGAGAUCAGAAACACAUAUUUUCAUGCUGUCUCAUGGAGAGUAUAUUAGUACACCUCAAGAUAUGGGAUUGAUUUCUAGGUUGCAUAUUGACAGCACUGCUAUUAUUGGGACUAUAUAG